GGCAUUUCGCGUCGGGAUCCGCGCAACUAUGAGCGCUGUCAGGGAGUCUCACCCACACGGGGUGAAGCGUUCAGCCUCCCCAGACGACGAUCUUGGAUCUAGCAAUUGGGAGGCAGCAGACUUGGGCAAUGAAAAACGAAAACAAAAAUUCUUGAGACUUAUGGGUGCAGGCAAGAAAGAACAUACUGGUCGUCUUGUCAUAGGAGAUCAUAAAUCAACAUCUCACUUCCGAACAGGGGAAGAGGACAAGAAAAUUAAUGAAGAACUGGAGUCUCAAUAUCAACAAAGUAUGGACAGUAAAUUAUUAGGAAGAUAUCGACGACAUUGUGGACUUGGCUUCAGUGAGGUAGAAGAUCAUGAUGGAGAAGGUGAUGUGGCUGGGGAUGAUGAUGAUGAUGAUGAUUCACCUGAUCCUGAAAGUUCAGAUGACUCCGAAAGUGAUUCAGAGUCAGAAAAAGAAGAAUCUGCUGAAGAACUCCAAGCUACUGAGCACCCUGAUGAAGUGGAAGAUCCCAAAAACAAAAAAGAUGCAAAAAGCAAUUAUAAAAUGAUGUUUGUUAAAUCCAGUGGUUCAUAACUCCCAAACACUUAGUCUUUGUAUUAAAAGUAAGCCUUAUUGUUAUAAUGCACAGUGGAGGACUGCUUAUAGAGCACAGACCUUUGUAUUAUAAUUUUUAAAAGGCCCUUUUAAAUAAUUACAAAGUAUUUGCUUU